AUGUUUCCACAAGAAAUAUUGGAUCUUUUCAUCGACGAACUCCAGCAUACGAGCACCAAUGGCCCGCAGCGGACCGAGGCGCUUCGCGCAUGGACCCUUACUUCUCGCGGGUGUUGUGCUCGUGCCCAACGGCACCUUUUCUCCAAGAUAAUAUUGGAUGGGAGCAAGAGGGAAUACCUGACCUCUGUCAACAACCUCAGACAGAUCCUUGAGGAGGAUAAACGGAUCACGACUUACGCAAAAUGCCUCCACAUAAUCAACAUCGUCGACGGAACGGCAGACGGGGUGCGAGCUUUGUGCUUUGUUCUCGGGACGAUGCCAAAGCUGCACGAGAUUGCUAUCGUCACGCGCUCAUUACAGGAUCCUCCUUCAUGGCAGGGCUGUCAACCGGAGAUCAAGCAGGCUUUGUGGAACCUUCGCCUCGUCUCCCCCCACCUCACCACGCUCACAAUCGAGGGACUGCACGACCUCGAUUGCCGUUUCUUCCUCUCGUGGAAGAGUAUAUCUCGUAUCACAUUGAUUAGUUGCACGUUUGGGAACCACCUGGCGAUAAUUCCACUCACUCUCGAACCAGAAGACCUCGUUUCGCAGUGUCAAACGUUGACCUUGACGAGCAAAUCUAUCUUCCUCUGCCACCACCUCGUCACAGAACAUCUGAAAUAUUCGUCUCUACCUGUCCUCCCACGUCUCACAACAAUGAGCGUUGAAGUUGAGAGCCCUAUGCUCGUCAUCGUCGCCUGGACAUGCCUCUUCGAUUCCAUUCGUGGGGCGCCACUUCGGCGGCUAGCAUUGACCAACACCUUGAGAUCUCUACAAGCGCAGCCCGCAUAUUGGUUCACCUUGGAACAUCUCCCUAAACUCCGUAGCCUUGAAAUAUCCGAACUCCUCACAGGCCACCGAACGUGCUCGGGCAUCCUCAAAACUAUCAGCAAUUUCUUCUCAUCCCCGUGCAAACCAAGCGGGAUAACCUCAAUAGCCAUCGACCUCACCUGGCCCGGAUCCGUCGACAACGUCCAAGGAGGGGCCGAUACGCUCAAGAUGGACAUCAUCUCACCGCAGCUAGGGUGGUCGGAACUCGACAACACCCUCACGAGCUCGACGUAUCCCAAUCUGACGUCUGUCCGCAUACAUUCUUAUUUCCUGAAGCGCGCAGAGUGCACCACAACACAUAUUCGACUGAUCGACACCCAGGAUCAGAAGCGAGCGACGUUGUUGCCGUUGACGAACUCUUCGAACAGUAUCGAGCUUCAGUUUAAGUACUGCGGUUAA